AAAAAAAAAAGUCCUUGAAUUGGAUUUUGAAAGCGUUUCCAUGACUGUUGAAGGUUUGUAGAAAAGAUAUAUGAAGAGGCAGUGAUGUUUCAUAAGGUAAUGAGAUACUGGCACGGUACUAAAACGAAUCUUAACCUAUUUAUUACAGUGACAGUCUCCUUGCUCAGCGCUGCCUCCCGGCCACGGCCACGGCGACCAGUGUUCGUACCCUCAAACACUCACCGUCACGGCGCCAUGGCGGCUGCAGGGAAGGGCCGCAGCACGGGCGACAACCCCGAGGACUGUCCAGUGUGCCUGACAAACUUUAAUGACACAGUGCAGCGGCCGCACAAUCUGCCUUGUGGCCACACUGUUUGCAUGCUGUGCAUAGAUAAGCUGAAGGAGCAGGGCCGUGUUAUCUGUCCAGAGUGCCGCGUCAGCCAUGCCGUUCCAGAGGGAGGGCAGUUCCCUGUCAGUUAUAUUGCUGAGGCUUUCAUAAAAAGGACGAGAGAUGCCAAGGUGGCAACAGCAGCCUCGCUGCUUCCCAGUGCAAAGAAAAGGAAAGGAACAGCAGAAGCAGCUGACAAAAAGGAAGUGACGGGUUUCUCCAAGAAGAUGCGUUCCUUUCUGCAGGAACAGGAGGCCACAGUUGUGGCCGCCAUCACCGCCUGCCGGGAAGCUCAGUCACAGCUGGACCAGUACCAGACAACCCUGACAGGCUGGGGCAAGAGGCAGCAGCACCUGGAGGACAGGCUCCAGGGACUGGUGGACCAGAGCAGGAGUGCCAGAGGGCUUGUGCAGCAGGAAAACUCCCGCACGACAACCAUGGAGGUGAAGGUGAAGGAGGUAGAGCAGGCGCUGCAGGCCAUGCAGGAGACAUUGCGCACCCUUAAAACAGAGCAAGAAGCAGGUGUUGUGGUGACUGAAGUGUUUCGUUGCACUGGUGAGGCAGAGCAGGUGGUGCAGGAGUGCCAAGAAUGUUUCCCUGAUGCCAGCACUGUCACAACCGCCAGGAAGUUGAUAGUGGCAUCUACUGCAGCCCUAGAGACCAGUCAGGCUGUCCAGGCGGCUCUGGAAACUCCUACUGUUACUACAGAGGAGCCCAGGCCCCAGUCAGACCCUGCAGAGCCCAGGCCUCAGUCAGACCCUGCAGAGCCCAGGCCCCAGUCAGACCCAGAGUCCACCAUCAUGGACAGAGUGAAGCUCAUCUUGACACUGAACUUGAAGGCCGAGGAUCUCCGCAGCCUGUCACAGCCCCCCUUGAGCCUGAUACAGGCUGGCCGGGUGUUUGCAGUCCACCAGGUGAAAGGUCAGCGCCGACUUGCAAGAAUAAGCCUUGAAGCCGGCCGGCUGUGCCUCCACACCCUGAAGGAGCAGCACCACUCACUAGAUGCAGCAACCCUGCAGGUGAGUUGGGGACUUGGCCCUCCCUGUGGUGGGGAAUGCCAAGCAGGGCACUGCCGCCAGGCACUAUAAUCAGUUUCAUUCCAUCUUUCUACUUACAAACUUAGAUAUGGCACCUGUGCAUUGUUAGUUCAUAAUUCCGUUAAGACCAAUUUCAGUGAUAUUUGGGUGUUUGUGUAUACUAAGAACCCUCAAGCCAUC